AUGGACGAGCCUUCGGGCAAAGGCAAGGGCAAGAACAAGGGCAAGGCACAGGGCAAGGGCCACGGCCUGUCACGGAACCGGCAACAGCCGGGUUGGAGCCAGGACCACUGGACCUCUGGAUCAAACGGAUGGGGUCCGUCGUGGACCCAGGACUACAAUCUGCCGGACCUAGUUCAGAAGCUUUCCUCGAUGGCUAUCAAGCACGAAUAUGCCAUCAACAGCAUCAUGCAGGACCACACGCUGUACCUCUUCGUGAAGCCGGGGGACGAGGGUCUGAUCCCGAUCCUUUUUGCCACUUCGGACAAAUGGCACAAGGUGAACCAGACAGACCCCUCAUCCACGACCGAAUCACUCCGCCUGGUGAUGAUGAAAGCGUUCCUGAUAGAGCUCGGCCAACGGCUCAAGGCUACAAUGGAGAAUCAGCACGAUUCCCUGAAACAGGCGAAGGACCUUGGCUGGCUCACGGACCAGGGUCUGUGGAAGACGCUAACAUGGAACCCGGCCAUCCAGGACCUACAGGAACAGCCGGGCGGACGCCUACACAAGACCGAAGAUCUCAUUGGGCAGACGGUGGAACUACGGAAGUUAAAUCACGGAGGAGAAUCUGUUUCGCUUUCAAUCUCUUCGAGGCUUAUCGAAAGCACCACAGACAGCGUGGGUUCAGCUUGCCAUCGAGAUCAGUACCAGGGACACGGGGAAUCGGGUUUGGGAACUCCUUCAUUCUUGGAUCGGUUGCGCAGCGCUGCAUACAAUGGGUUGCAGACUUCGAAGGGAGCGGAGGCCUUUCUCAGCAAGCAAGAGCUCUACGAGGAUGGUAGGACAGCUGGCCUGCAACUCGUCUCAGGCCAGAUCGACUGCGAUCUUCUUUGGUCAUCCGUGGCCGGGGGCAUACCUACUGCCGUGCGGGGCCCACCCUUGUGCAAUCAACUCCAAUACCUGCUGCAACAGCUCUCUGAUGCCCCUCCAACAGGACUUUGGGAGUGGUAUGCGGAUACCGGGUUGAGCAACCUUCCACCAGUGGAGGCUCCUAUGAUUUUACCCAUGCAGAUCGUUAAGCGAGACACGCCUCCCUCCACUGUAGGCUGCUUGCGAGAAUGGGGUGCUCACUCGCACAGGCCUGUCCUCCGGCAGGCACCUCACACUCUAUAUGCAUAUGCCUACACUGUCAGGCUACUGUUUGAGCUACAUGGUGAGACGGAUGUGGCAUGGUUCGAUAGCGACGGGGAGGCCUGCCCUCUUUGCAUCCAACCCCUGGAUGGUCCAGCAUAUGCCUGUCUGUACGAGGUUCGCUCCAUCAUACUGUGCUCUGCAUCUGGCGAUCGCUGCGGAUACGACUCAGUGCAUCGGAAAAUGCCUGAGGAUUCCAUACUGCCUUUUGCUCCAGCAUUGUCACAGCUCCUUGAUGCAGAUGCAAGACCUUGCAUUGUGGCACUGCGUCGGUGCCCUGGCCAGGUCAGUGCUGGCCACCAUAACAUCUGA